CUGGGCUCCGUGCGCGCGCCUGUCCGGGGCAGGAGGCGGCCCUCGGCGGGGGCAGCGGCGGCGGCGCGGAGCGAGGGGCCGCCGCCCUCACCUCCGGCGCCUCGACGGGCCCUCAAGGCUCCCCCGCCCAGGGGAGCCCGGAACUGGCGAGGCCCCUCAGGUACAAGCCCCACGUUAAGAUGGAACCCACGGCCUCAGCCGUCUUCUGCAGCCGGGUCCUUGGCAUGGUCAACUCGGAGGAUGUGAACGCCAUCAUCCUGGCUCAAAAGAACAUGCUGGACCGAUUUGAGAAAACCAACGAGAUGCUGCUCAACUUCAAUAACCUGUCUGGUGUCCGCAUGCAACAGAUGAGCGAGCAGUUCCUGCACCACACCCGGACCUUAGUGGAGAUGAAGAAAGAUCUGGACAGCAUCUUCCGGAGAAUCAGGACGCUGAAAGGGAAGCUCGCGAAACAGUAUCCAGAGGCAUUUAGUAAUAUCCACGAAUCUCCCAUCCUGGAAGACGACGACUUCGACCCGAUCCCCAAAAGCACCGCCACCACCAUUGCUACCUCAGAGCAGAGCACGGAGUCCUGUGACACCAGCCCGGACAUCAUCUCCCCUGCCACCAGCCACGACUUUGAGGACCUUUCCCAGGGGCCGUACGACUCGCCGGCGGUGAAUGGGCAGAGCAUCACAGACGACGACAACGAGACGGACUAGUCUCUGCAGUGAAGCUCUCGCGUGCGGCGAACUGAUGCGCCGUCUCGUCCCCUGCUUGCUUCUGGACUUGCAAACUGGCGACCCCCUUCUUUUUUUAAAAAAAGCAAAACAAAACAAAAUACCAACCAACCUGUAUUUUCCGUGUUGUCUUGGCCAGCUGUUUCUUUGCGUCGGGGAGAGAGGGGCGAGCCUGGGCAAAAGUGGCUUUUCUUGCAUGAACCGCCGUCUUCCCCCGCAGUGCUGAUCUGUGAUUUUUAUGCCAAAUAUGCAAAACGGUGAGCAGCUAGUUCACAUUUUUGUGGGGAGGUGGGGAACACACUGCACCGGGGGGGGGGUGUCUGCCCAAUUGCACGAUUGGGUGUGUUCACUGAGGGCUACCUCCAGCCUCCCCGCCAACAGUAUAACCAUGCUUAAGACACAGAUGAACUUGCAUGUGCUCAAAAGAUUGUUCUCUAACAGGGAUGCUAUCAGCCCCAAAUGUGCAGAUUUCGGGGAAUUGGCCAACCGUGUGUCAGCUGUGCGUCCCCGCAACGGCUGCCAGCUGGUUCAUUUGCUACCCUGUAAACAGAAUAACAUGCAAGAAGCACUCGGUUCUAUCCAAACUUCUUCGGAGAACUGCUUGAAAUGAAUCAACAGGAACGUGGGGCCAUGAAUUUCAAGGGGUCUGCCCCAAGAGGAGCUUUCUCCAAUGCAGCCUUCUGCACUGGCUAUAUACCCUGAAUCCACACAAGGACAUUUUUUACAGUGGUGGUGGUAGCAUUUCUCGUGAGAAGAAACAAUUUGGAGUUCAUCCCCGACUCCAUUUUGCCGGGCACGAGUGUUGAUAGCGGAGCUCAGUUCCUCCACCACUCUGGGCGCUCCCAGUUCCUUGAGCCGUGUUUUCCUGCCCUCACUCUGUUCAUGCAUGGGCCUGUUAGCUGCAUUGUGCCCUGCUCCAAAGAAGUGCAGAUCUGCUCCCCUCUCCUGGUUCUCUUGCUGACUCAGUGAGGGUUGGAGCACACAGCAGCCUCCAUCGCGGCUUCCUCUUAACCCCCCUUUAAAAGUAUGUCUCUUCCUGCGCUACUUUUCCCAUCGUCCAAUGAUGCACCUUAUAUCUGACACAAGAGAGUGUAUGUGCUUGCCUUGUUAGUGGCGAAGAAGAGCUGGAAAUUUUUUUGCGCCUGGCAACCAAAGCGCCCCUUGGGUUUCAGAUUUAUAACUGCUAUGGUGGCUCAUUGACCAGAAGUAAUGUCUUUAGCAUUAACUCUAGAAGUGUAGGCUCGAUUCUGACUCCUGUAGACUCCUGGAGCAAAAUAUACAACAGGACUCUUAGUUUGGUCAGAAUUGAGCGUACACUUCCAGAGUUGACUCUGAUUACAUUUCUUCUGGUAAAUGAGUCACCAUAGGUGCUAGAGGGUAUGGAAAUUUGCGUCCAGGGGUUUUCAGACUUGUCUACCCAUGUCCCAUCCGAAGCCCAAGGGGCGCGCUGGUUGCCAGGUACAAAAUAUAUUGGCAUUAGUUUCAGCUCUCCUAGCCUACUCUGUGCUGCCCAUCUUAAGCAGAGGUUGCCCACUGCUUCCACCCCCUUCUUAACAUCUGUUAUAAUCAUCCUGUUAGGUACUUUUUCCUAGAGGUAUCCAGUGUAAACAGUUAACGCCAGCACAACAGCUUUUACCCGUCCAGUGAAACUUCCCCAACUCCUCUAUUUGCCUGCCCGCCCCCCAAAUCGAGUGGGUUGGGGGAAACCCCAAAAACAAAUUUAGAAGAGGGCAGAAAAGUUAAAAGCUGUUGAGCUACCCUAAGUGUUCAGUUGCAUCCCAAUACUGGGUUGUGCUCAAUAUUCGACCUACUCAGCACUGACCCACUGAAAUCAGUAGUCACAUCCAUUGAUUUCAGUGGGUCUACUCCUGAGUAGAAUUUUGUUGGGUUUAACCCUGAUCCCUGCCCCCCCCUUCCAUGACACCUUCAGUUACUGUUUUACUGACAAGUGUCUGUGUCUCUAGUGUUCAGUUUUUAAGCGCCCAUCCCACACAACGGUCUGUAUUAUGGUUCCCUUCGCCGGAACUUGGGUAAUGGCUAGAUUUGUUGAGUAAAGGUUUGGGCAAGCUGCUUCCUUUCUCCACCGUAAAUAAUAAUAAAAAUUCCUGAAAUGCAUUGUAAUUCAAAGAAUAAUAUUUUUGUACUGCUACAAGUUUACAGAGAUUAAUGAGGUAAUAACCAAUAAAAGAGUUGCAUUAAUUGAUA